AUGAGGUUUACCUUUGCGGCUGCCCUGCUGGCUCUGCCCUUAGCACUAGCUGGAUCGCUGAAAUCCGUCAUCAUUACUUUCCCCAAGGGAACGCCUGACUCGGUGGUUACCCAGGCCAAAGAGUCUCUGGUGGCUUCAGGUGGUGUCAUCACACAUGAGUACCAUUUGAUCAAUGGCUUCGCCGCAGAGGCUCCGGUGAGCGCUCUCCAGACCCUCUCCACGCAGGAUACGGAAUACCACCCCAAUAUCGAAGAAGAUAAGGUUGUGAAUGCAUAUGGAGACUAUGCAGCUGCAAACUAG